AUGGGUGAAAAAUCUUCAAAAUUUCUUCGAUUUGCUGGUUAUAAAUUAGCCUUACAACUAAUGGGUUUAAUGCCUAGAAAUCGUUUAGGUGGACUUGAAUUAUUAUUUAAUGAUCCCAGUGCAACUGCAUUAUGUCAAGCAUUAUUGAAUGAAGAUCAAGUGGAAUGGUGGAAUGAUUUUACAGAUUCAUUAUUACAACCAUGUACUCAAGGAGCUGAAACUCAGAUUUUCAAGUGUCAAUUCUGUGAUUGGGAUGAAGCAUUAGCUGUGGAUUUCACUCGUACCGCGGAUUCUGUAGCUCGUCGUGGAGUCGAUAUUAAUGAAAUUUUAGAAAAAGAUAAACUCACUACUGAUCUUCGAGCUUUACUAGCUCCAAGAGAAACACCAUUAACUAAUGAAGAAGCCUUACAAAUGAUGGUUGAAUGGAAUGAUGAAUUAAUUGAACCACCGGAAGAGUCUGUUGUACAACCGAGUAGUGCUUUACAGCAAUUUAUUAUGGUCGAUGGUAAAUGGGUUCCUGUUGAAAAUCGUUGGUUUGGACAAUUUUUCAGUGGUGACUCAUACAUCAUAAUUGCUCGUUAUUGGGAUUAUGAUGAUGAAAGUAGAGGAAGUGAAAGUGAAAAUCAAGGCGAUGGUGCUGAUGAAGAUUCAAACCUCACAAAAACUGUUGUCUAUUUCUGGCAAGGUCGUGAAGCAUCUGAUUUAAAUUGGCUUCAAUUUGAAUUUUCAGUACGUAAAGAUAUGCAAGCACGUUUAUCACAAAAUCCUGAGGAUGUUAGUCGUCCAUUGAAAGUUGUAUUUAAGCGUGUAAGACAACAACAAGAAGACACUAUGUUUUUAGCUCAUUUUCAACGUCAACUGGUUAUCCAUUCUGGGCAUUAUCGUGAUCGUGCAGAUACCUCUCGUUUGGAAAGAAUUCAAAUGUACUAUCUUAGAGCUAAUGGCAAUCUGAUAUCAACUCGAUGUAUAGAAGUUAAACCAUCCGUUGUAAACUUGAACUCUUGUUUCACUUACAUCAUAAAAGUUCCUGCACAUAUUGUUAGCGCAUUGGAAAAAAAGCAAACAGAUAAAUCUCAUGUUUACAUUUGGAUUGGGAGUAAAUCCUCUCCGGAAGACAAGGAAUUGAUUGAUCGUUUAAGCAAGAAAAUCUUCGAUUGGAUACCAACUGAUUUUCAUAUUGUCCCUGAAGGUUCUGAACCACCUCUACUUUGGCAAGUAUUAGGCGGUCAAAAGAAGUAUGAUACAUCUGCAGAAUAUCUCACGUAUGGUCGAUUAUUCCGCCUGUCAAAUGAACAAGGAUAUUUUUGUGCCUCAGAGAAAUGUGCAGAUUUCUGUCAAGAUGAUUUAGCCUCAGAUGAUGUUAUGCUGUUGGAUACUGGAUCACAAAUCUACCUAUGGUGGAGUAAACGUACAUCAGAUGUAGAACAAAAACUGUCUUUACAAGCUGCUAAACUUUAUCAAAGUCAUUUACGUCAAAUGCAACCUGAUCGACCAAGACAAUUAAAGCUGACAGUAAAGAAUGCAGAACCACACCUAUUUAGACAAUGUUUUCAUGGUUGGGGACCUUUUCGUGAACCAAAAGAUUGGUCAGGUUAAUCAAUAAAUACACUUAUCCACCGCUUCAUUGCCCCCUUCCUUUUCUUCUUCUUUUUUUCAUUAUUUUCCAAAUUUUUUUAAUCAUCCUUUAAUUUCAAAUGGGGUAAACUAUUGUUGACGAUAUAUAUAUAUAUCUACAAAUACAAGUGUGCCUGAUAUGUGCCUGUAAACAUUUCAAUGUUUUAUUACAGAGCUGUUGUUUUUCUUUUUCUAAACUCCUUUGUUUGCCUCUUCAUUUCUCACUCCCUAUGCUAAGUAACUACGCAUAAACUUGUUUCAUUGUUUUUACUAUGUAAUACUUUAAUAUUUUUUUCAGUUUAUCCAUCCGUGUUACUUUAUGCUUUAUUCAUUUUAAUCGACCAGUUUACUGAUCGUGAGUAUACAGAAUAAAAGAAAAAGUUUUAUAAUUUUAA